UAGAAUGCUCUCAGUGGUGGAGAGGGCUGUGCCUGUGAUGGGCCAGGCUGUGCCCACCGCUCUCUGCAGCCUCUUGCAUUCCUGUGCGUUGGAACUGCCGUACCAGGCCACGAUGACAGCUCACCACCACCUCCUCAAGGGCAGUUAAGGGACAGGUAAUAAAUACCGAGGGUGCCACAUCCCAAAAAAACUUUGGAAAGAGACUGAUUCUCCUAAAUCUGUUCCUAUCUCGGCCGGGUGGGGGCUCCCUCUCUGCCAACCGGGGUCCUUGCUCCUUGGGAGUUGCAGGGGAAUCGAUUUACACACCCUGCCUCUCUUUAGAUGGCGCCUUUAUUGGGAGGUUGAACUCACGAGUUUACACCAAGCUCUUCCCUGCAAUCCAUUGGAGUUCUUUGGUCGACGAGGGACGAGAGGGGAAAAAAAAGUUUCCGAAAAAUCUGACGUCAGGGUGCAAUAGUAGUACCGCUUUAAGAUGUGGGAGUGAACACAACUUCCCUUGUCCAAUUUCAAGGGAUCGCCAACUAAUGGAGGGCUUGUUGAGAGAGUAGAGCGCGGUCCCAGAGGGCUGCGGAAAGUUUUCCAAAGUUUACUCGGGCUCCAGAAACUUUUUGUUGUUGCUGUUGUUUCCAAGUCAAAGAUUGUUUCCUGCGGACGAGAGAAAGAACACCUCUAUCGGCUUGGAGGUCACUUGGAUAAAUAUCGGAGAUCGGAAGUUUGCCCACCCGUUUUUUUGGAGGUUUUACCAGGGUUUCUCUUCAGUGAUUGACGGCUCUCCUCAGAGCCCCGCCAGCUGCCACAAUUGCGUCCAACGACUGGAACGGGAGCGGGAGCCCCGGAGAUGGGAGGGAGGACGGGGCAGAGGCUUUGGAAAAAUCGUUGGAUAAUGACGCUGAGGGAGUAUGGAGUCCUGAUAUUGAGCAGAGCUUCCAGGAGGCCCUGGCCAUAUAUCCACCAUGUGGUCGACGGAAGAUUAUCCUGUCUGACGAGGGCAAGAUGUACGGCCGCAAUGAGUUGAUAGCAAGAUACAUCAAGCUUCGGACCGGCAAAACACGCACAAGGAAGCAGGUGUCUAGUCACAUACAGGUGUUAGCCAGGAAGAAAGUGCGAGAGUACCAAGCAAGCAUCAAGGAUCAAGCUUCAAAAGAUAAGGCUCUGCAGAACAUGGCUGCCAUGUCUUCAGCGCAAAUUGUUUCAGCGACUGCAAUGCAGAACAAACUGGGGAUAACUCCAAUCCCACAAGCCCCCUAUCCAGGGACAGCUCGGUUUUGGCCUGGUCCCCUUCCUGGACAGCCAGGGUCCUCUCAAGACAACAUCCCAGAGCUGGCAGGGUGUGGAUGGAGGCGCAGAGACGCAUGGAGCAGCACAUCCACUGAGGGCCGCAGUGUGAAGCCCUUUGCCCAACCGUCGUAUUCAAUUCAGCCUGCGGUACCGCCACCCAUAUCAAGUUACGAACCCCUGGUCCCUCUCACACCUCCUGCCACUAUCCCAGUCUGGCAGGACCGAACCAUUGCCUCCUCCAAGCUCAGGCUGCUGGAGUACUCUGCCUUUGUGGAAGUGCAGAGAGACCCAGACACGUAUAACAAACACCUCUUCGUACACAUUGGUCAGACAAAUCCAUCCUACAGUGACCCGCUACUGGAAGCUGUGGACAUCCGUCAGAUCUACGACAAAUUCCCUGAGAAAAAGGGAGGGCUAAAGGAGUUGUUUGAGAAAGGACCACAGAACGCUUUCUUCUUAGUGAAGUUCUGGGCGGACCUUAACAGCAACAUCCAGGAUGGACCUGGGGCCUUUUAUGGAGUCAGCAGCCAGUACACCAGCUCUGAGAACAUGACUAUAACUUGCUCCACAAAGGUCUGCUCCUUUGGAAAACAAGUGGUAGAGAAGGUGGAGACAGAAUAUGCCAGACUAGAGAAUGGAAGGUUUGUGUAUCGGAUCCAUCGCUCCCCAAUGUGUGAAUACAUGAUCAACUUCAUCCACAAACUCAAGCAUUUACCAGAGAAGUACAUGAUGAAUAGUGUGCUAGAGAACUUCACCAUCUUGCAGGUUGUGACCAACCGGGACACCCAGGAGACCUUGCUGUGUAUAGCAUUUGUAUUUGAGGUGUCGACAAGUGAGCAUGGUGCACAGCAUCACGUUUACCGGCUGGUGAAGGACUAGGACUCCCACACCCAACUUCCCCUACACAGAGGGUGCUGCCACCUGCCAAUUAUCUACACAUCCUGGUGCCUGCUCAUUUUUACCAAACGCAAAACAAAAAUCUAUUUUUCACAGAAACACAGAUAUUUUUACGUUAGAAGAAAUGUAAAAAGACAAAAAAAUGAACUGUUGUGAAGUCAAAGAACAAUAUUCUGCACUACUUCUGUGAGGGUCAUAUAUAUGUGUGUGUUUUUAUUUCCUCUCUUCAGAACUCAAGCUCAGUGAGAGGUAAUGGUACCGUUUUUCUUCCAUUUUAAAAAAUAUUUACACUUCAGGGAUAGUAAGUAUUGGAUAAAGAUCACUUUCAGAAAGUGUGUGUUAAUGAGGGCUUGUAUGUAGGAAUGUUACCUUCUAUGAUAGUUUUUUG